UGACCGCAUCCUCACGGCGCAUCCCUACCUCCUCAGUCUUUCUCAAUCUCCUUCUUCCAUUUCGAUCGAUUUGCAAUCUCUGCGUAGCACAAAUGGGGCUUGGAAUGCUAAGAUCCGUUGUCCGGCCGCUAACGAGGACCUUGAGAUCACGUCCCUCCACUUCCCUAACUCCGUUUCCUGCCGCUUUCACCUCCCCGGAACCGCGGUUUCAUCUCCUUUCUGGCGGCUCUGUUGGAACUCAAGCUCCUUGGUUUCCAAUUGCGAAUCACUUCCACAGCUUGACCGACACUCGGUUUCCAAAGAGACGGCCGAGUGAUAAACCUCGCCGGAAAAGGGCAAGCCUCAGACCCCCUGGUCCAUACGCCUGGGUUCAAUAUACUCCUGGUGAACCAAUUCUUCCUAAUCAACCGAACGAAGGAAGCGUGAAAAGAAGGAAUGAGAAGAAACGCAUUAGGCUGCGCCGGGCGUUUAUUCUGGCUGAAAAAAAGAAACGGAAAGCUCAGUUUCAAGAGGCAAAGAAGAAGAAAAUUAUCAAGAGGGUGGAACGCAAAAUGGCUGCAGUAGCAAGGGAAAGAGCAUGGGCUCAAAGGCUAGCCGAACUUCAACAGCUCGAAGAAGAGAGGAAAAAAUCCAUGGAAUAGAUUGUGUGGUUAUGGCUUGUGUUUCCAUGUAGACUGUGAAGAGUCUAACAGAGUCUCUCAUUUCAUACGUUAUUUCCCAGUAGCUUAUUUUUCUUUUGCUAAAAUAAACGCGAACCAAAAUUGUAGUAAAGCUUUAAGAGCUGAGCCGUUUUGCUAGUGUAAUAGAUAUGGGCUUCAGUAUUUAAGAGGAAACCAUCUUUCAUCUAAUGGCAAAGGAGCUGGGUUCUUAAUGUCAUCUCUGAUGCGGCUGCUCAGCAAACGGUGCUUGAAGGUGAAGGAUGAUCAGUCGGGUGCACAUUAAUAUCUACAAAUUAAUCUGCACCGACACAGGGACUCAAUUUUGGGGUAUUGCCCGACGCCCAAAAAAGAGGGGACAGUAAUAUGGUGGAUAGUUGAAUCAUGUGAACUGUGAUUGUCAUGGAAAGAGGACGUCCACCAGUGGGCUCUACCAACUUCAUAUCGUUGACCCACUUAGCCUUGUGAUUGGAAUGGCCUUUAACGCACCACCCACAACUCCCCCCCCUCCCUCUCUCUCUCUCUCUCUCUCUCUCUGUGUUCACUCAAAUUUGUACUAUUUGAUUGACAGAAUUGAAAGGAAAUGAUGUAAGAAUCAAUAUCCAUUAUUAUCUUC